AUGGCGCAUGCCGUUCCGAACUGUCUAUUGCAAUUACUGCGGGAUUACACAUCGCAGGCACUUGACGCCGCCCGAGAUGUCUCGGAUGAGUUUGAAGGAGAAGUGGAGGAUUUAACACGACGGGCCACUCGCAUUCACGCCGUUCUUAAACUCAUUCGCGAAUGUGAAGAGAAGUCUCGCACUCUUCCCACGAUCUCAACAACAUCAACAUCAACAUCAUCAUCAUCAUUAUUAUUGUUAUCAUCAUCUAUGGAAACACCUUUGCAAUUGGCAUUAGGGGGAUUGGGUGAAAUGACCGCAGAGCUCACUGGUGUGGUGGAUGUGAACAGCAGCGCAGGCAGUCGAUUGAGUGGAUCCCGUCAUUACGGACUGCGGCCGCUCGCCAAACCCGUUUCUCUCGCAGAGGCCGCGUUGGAAUUAUUUGGCCACAACACCAAAGUUGUCUUUAGACGCACAGAGAAACGCGGACGGGAUCUGAAAGAGACCAACAACACUCCACAACAAUCCCAACAACAAUUACAAUUACAAUCAACGGUGUUUGCAUCUCUGUCGGCCUCUCAGCGGAAGAGGCGGCUGUUAUUAUACACCGCGCGGUCCGCCGUGUUGCCGCUGCGGGGCGUUGCCGGAAGUGCGGCGGUUUUUGUUCCCCCCGCCGUGCGGGAGUUCGCGGACCUCAACGUGGCGGCGGAGUGUGCGAUGCUGGCGGCCUUCUACUGCGUGGAUGCGAAGGCGCAGCUGCUGCGGGAGUGGCCGGCACUGCAGCGGUCGGUGCGCCAACUGCAGGAAUCCCUGCGGAGUGCCAAUGUGGAGAUGCGCGGCGGGUGGACAUCACAACAAGAAGAACAAGAAAAAAAAGAAGAACAAGAAAAAAAAGAAGAACAACUGCCGUGGUUUGAGUUUCCAUGUGCAGAGGCGGGUGUUAUUCGCAUUGUUGUGCGGCGUGCACUCGCACUGGAAGUGACGUGGGAUCCAAUGCACGGCGGCCGCUGGCGUGUGUUAACACUGCGAUGGCUGCUGCGCAUUCAAACACCACCGGAUCUUCUCACAAACCCCACCUCCAUCUCUCACACAACACUUGAGAAGAAUAACACUUCUUCUUCUUCUUCCUCUGAUAAUAAUGAUAAUAAAGAUGUUGUUGUUGUUGUUGCUGGUGUGAGUGAACCUGGGGUACCACUUCUUGUUAUUCCAGCACAUUAUGAGGCAUCUGUGCGUUAUCUUAACAACUACUUUGAAACUGGAUUAGAGAGUGGCUGUUUGGCCUCUUUACAUCUCGUGAAUGCGGUGGUGAUGGAUGUGAUUGAAACGCAAUGUAAAGCACUGCGUGAGACGUUCUUUCUUGGACCACUGGAGUCUUCUUUUGUAGUGGAUGUACAUCCUGGUACAUAUGUCGCUAUCACAUUACAGCCACCCUCUCUAGUAAUCCCAACAACAACAACUACUACUACAGCAGGAAGUGUUGUUCCUCUUCACGUAAAGUAUCGAUUGUGUAUGGGCACUAUUGUUGUAGAGUGGCGGAGAGGCACAGAUACUCGCAUGACACUUCAGUCUGAUCUUUACAGUCAAACACAGGCAGAGAAUGGUCCAAUAUCUGCUGUGGUGGUUGUGGAUGUGGAGCAAUUCUUGUGGAAACUCAUUUCUGUUUAG